GCGCGCUGCCGGUCGGCCCGCGGGCGGCGCCGGGCCCGUGGCGGACGGAGCGGCCGGUGCCAGGCGCGGGGGCCGGGCGGGCCCGGGGGCGUCAUGCUGCCGCCGCCGCCGCUCCCCGCCGCGCUGCUCGGGCUGGCGCUGGCGCUGGGCGCGCUGCUGCUGCUGGCGCGGUGGCUGCUGUGCCGCCUGGCCGUGCGCUGGUGCCGGCGGCGGCUCCGCGCCGAGCUGCGGGUCGGCGGCUUCCUGCGGCUCCGCAACAUCAGCCUCGAGUUCCCGCAGGAGCAGCGGGUCGUGGAGAUCGACAGCGUCUGGAUCUCCAGCAAGCUGCUGAGCCACGACCUGCCGCGCUACCUGGCGUUGUGCUUCGGGGAGGUGCGGAUCCGCCUGGACUUGCAGAAGGCCCCCGGGCGCCUGCCCCCGUUCCCCGCGGCUCCCGGGGAUGGCGGCGGUGAGGAGGGCGAGCGGGAGCUGCCCGUGAAGCCCUCCCUGCUGCGAGUCCUGAGCCAGCUCGUCUCCGUGCACGUGGACUCCGUCAACAUCAUGGUGCUGCACAUGGCCACCUCCGAGUCGCUCUGGCACAUCCAGGUCACCAGGACCCGGCUCCUGCUGGACAGCGACGGCAGGAGCCUGGACUGCGAGGUGACCUUGACGCAGGUGAACAGCAAGGUGCUGAGGAGCAGCCAGCUGGAUGACACGUGCCUGGCGGAGCUGGCGCUGGCGCUCUCCCUCUCUGUGCAGGUCAGCUUGAGCAAGCGGCAGCUGACGGGCAUCAGCUUGGGCGUGUGGACUCUGCAGGCCGAGCUGCACGAGGGGCUGUUCAGCAGCGAGCUGCUGCGCCGGGUGGCCCACAGCGAGAGACGGAGCCGCGCCAGGGACCCACCUGCUGACCCUGCCCCAGGCCCUGAGGCAGCUCCCACAGCGCUGUCUUCUCUGGGUGUGGGUGCCCUGCAGCUCAUCCCCAACAAGGUGAAGGUGCAGCUGGAGAGCACUAGCGUGGUGCUGUCAAUGAACAGCCAGAAGAGGCACCUCACGUGGACCCUGAAGCUGCUGCAGUUCCUGUACCAGCGCGACGAGGAGCAGCACCCGCUGCGCAGCUUCACGCCGGUCUCUGACCUGGACCAGAUGAGUGUGGAGCUGCUGCUGGAAGAUGGCCUGCUGCUGUCCCAGAGCCGCCAGCGCAUCGUGUGCCUGAGCUCGCUGAAGUCCAGUGUCCAGGUCACGGCCAUUGACGUGUCGGCCGCUGUGCUGCUCAACACCUGCAUCGUCCACUACCGACACCAGGAGUUCUCGCACUGGCUUGGCGUGCUGGCGCAGGAGAGCCGGGGUCGCCACCCGCUGCCCGCCCACCAGGGCCCCAAGGGCAGGAGCUGCCCCCAGAUCCUGGCUCCCAUUGUCCUCUCUGCCUCCCUGUCCAACGUCAGCGUCUCGGUGCAGCUGGGGGACACGCCGCCUUUUGCCCUGGGCUUCAACUCCAUCACAGCAGACUACCAGCACCUGCGCCCCCAGACCAUGCACCAGCGGGCACUGCUGACGGUCGACCACCUCUGCUGGCGUGUGGGCCCCGACUCGCACAUCCAGAGGGCCCUGCACCCGCCCAGCGCCCACGUCUGGGGCGAGGCCCUAAUCCUCGACUGUUUCAGCCUACAGGGCAGCUACAACCAGCCCCUGGGCACAUCCAGCACCCAGGCGGACACGCUCUUCCUGGACUGCAGCCUCCGGGGCCUGCAGGUGGAGUCGUCGGACACCUGCACCGAGUGCCUUGCCAGGGUCCUGGCACUGCUGCGGCCAGGCCCUGCCGCCCUGGAGCCCCCCACAGAGCCACCGCCUUCCCCAGGGGUGCCCUGGGGUCUGCUCUGGAAAGUGGAUCUGAAGGUGGAGGACAUCAACCUGUUCACGCUGGCCAGCCUAGUGGGUGCUUUGGAGGUGAGGCUGGACACACUGACUGUGCAGGGUAGUGCUGAGAGCUGCACGGUUGGCGUCCAGGGUGUGGCGCUGGCCCUGGUCAAGAGCAUCACAGAGAAGAUGCAGCCAUGCUGCAAGGCGCCGGCUGUGCCUAGGCCCGCUGUGAGCAUCUCUGCGCUAUCUCUCACCUACCACAGCAGCACUCGCUCCCUGGAGGUGCAGUGUGGUGAGGGCCUGACAGCGUGGUGGAGCCCGCCUGACCACAUGUACCUGUACCAACACGUUCUGGCUGCUCAGCACUGCUGCAACGUGCUGCAGAGCACCCUAGGCCCCCGGCACAUUGCCCCAGGCCCCCCAAAGAGCCUUGGUGCAGAGGGGGCCCCGCUGAGGCAGCUGCACUCCCUGACAAUGGAGCUGAGCUCAGCCAAGCUCACGGCCUUCGUCUCUGCCACCAACUACAUCAGUCUGGCGGCGGAACAGGCCUCGGCCAGCUGGCACGACAGUGGCGCCCUGCAGGCGUACUGCCCCGAGGUGGUAGCUGGCUUUGAUGGCCACAGCAUCUUCAGCUUCAAGGAGGUGGAGGUCCAGCUGCUGCCUGAGCUGGAGGAGCUGACGCUGCAGCGCUGCGCUUGCCCAGCCCUGUGCACCCUACGCAACCGUGCCUGGGUCCUGUCCUGUGCCAUGGUGGCCGUGGAGCUCCCCUACCAGUACGAUGUCUCCCGCACUCUGGACGCAGCCAUCGGCGUGCAGAAGUGGCUGAAGGGGCUGCAUGGGCGUGGGGGUAGCCCCAUGCAGCCAGCCCUGCCCCCCGACUUGCUGCUGAAGGUGCAGCGCUUCUCCUGGGUCUUCCUGGAUGCCGUGCUGGAGGUGAAGCUGCGGGACAACUACGAGCUGAUGAAGGACGAGAGUAAGGAGAGCGCCAAGCGGUUGCAGCUGCUGGACGCCAAGGUGGCGGCGCUGCGCAAGCAGCACGGCGAGCUGCUGCCUGCCCGCAAGAUCGAGGAGCUCUACGCCUCGCUGGAGCGCAAGAACAUCGAGAUCUACAUUCAGCGCUCGCGACGCCUCUAUGCUAACACGCCCAUGCGCCGGGCCCUGCUCACCUGGACCCUCGCCGGCCUCCAGCUGGCUGCCCUGGCCGACGAGUCCUUCCAUGGCGCCCCUCGCGUCCUGGAGCAGAUGCGGGACCUGGAUGGUGUCAGCCCUCUCCCUCCUGAGGGCCUGGAGCUCGUUACUCACUGGUGCCGCAUGGUGAAGGGCAGUGUCAAGACCUUCUUCAUGCGCAUCCGCGACUACCCCCGCUACCUGUUCGAGAUCCGGGACUGGCGGCUGCAGGGCCGGCUGGCUGGGGCAGAGCAGCGUGGUCAGGCCUGCUCCCGCCUCCGCCAGGUGCUGGAGCUGGGGGCACCCUGGGGCCAGGUCACCGUCGAGAGGAACAUGCCACCCCUCAAGUUCUACCACGACUUCCGCUCCGAGAUCGCCCUGUAUACCAUUGUGUGGGGACCCUGCUGGGACCCGGCCUGGACCCUGGUCGGGCAGUGCGUGGAUCUGCUCACCAAGCCCUCGGAGGAUCCCAGCGCCCCCUUGCCCUGGUGGGAUAAAAGCCGCCUGCUGUUCCACGGGGACUGGCACAUGGACAUUGAGCAGGCCAACCUGCACCAGCUGGCCACCGAGGACCCCUACAACACCACGGAGAACAUGCACUGGGAGUGGAGUGGUCUCUCCUUCCACUGGAAGCCUGGGCAGUUCGUCUUCAAGGGUGACCUGGACGUCAACGUGCGCACGGCUUCCAAGUACGACGACUGCUGCUUCCUGCACCUGCCCGACCUGUGCAUGACCCUAGACCUGCAGUGGCUCUGCCACGGCAACCCCCACGACCACCACGGCGUGGUGCUGCGCUGCCCACAGUUCCUGCCCGAGGUGCUGGUAGGGCAGCUGCAUGACUCGUACCGUGCCUUCCGCUCCACCAACCUCAACCUGUCCAUCCACAUGGACCUCACCCGGCCCAGCAGGGAGCUCUCCCAGCCCCAGAUCCUGCUCUACAGCAGCACCCUGCGCUGGAUGCAGAACUUCUGGGCCACCUGGACCAGUGUGACGCGCCCCAUCUGCCGCGGGACGCUCUUCAACAACCUUAAGCCCAGCAAGAAGAAGCUGGGGCAGCACUACAAGGAGCUCUCCUUCCGUGCCCUCUUCCCCCAGCUCCAGGUGCAUUACUGGGCCUCGUUUGCGCAGCAGCGAGGGAUCCAGGUGGAGUGCCGCAAGGGGCACAUCUUCACUCGUGGUACUCAGCGGCUCAUCCCCCAAGCCGGCACCGUGAUGCGGCGCCUGAUCUCGGAGUGGAGCGUCACGCAGAUGGUGAGCGACCUGAACGCUGUCACCGUGUACCUCAUGGCCUCGACCUGCGACGAGAGUGCUGACCACCGCCUCAACUCCCUGGUGAAGAAGACCCACCUGCUGAGCCUGUCAUGCCUCACCUACCAGCGGCACAGUGCCCGCGCUGCCGAGGAGGAGCUGCCCGUCCGGGAUGGGGACGAUGUCUUCCAUACACACCAGCUGCAGCUGGUGGACCUGCGGGCGUCCUGGACCACCACGAACCGCGACAUUGCCUUCGGCCUCUACGAUGGCUACAAGAAAGCAGCCGUGCUCAAGCGGAACCUCUCCACUGAGGCGCUGAAGGGGUUAAAGAUCGACACCCAGCUCCCUGCUAAAAAGCUGAAGCGGGGCCCCCCUGCCCCCCAGCCGCCCCCCCAGCCACGGGCGAGUGCCUCCAGCAACGGGGGCCGCGCUGAGAGGGGCUCCUCGGGGGGAGCCUACAUGCUGCAAAAACUCAUCGAGGAGACGGACAAGUUCGUGGUCUUCACAGAGGAGGAGUCAGGGGCCACGGAGCAGCUGUGCGGCAUCGCCGCCUGCCAGACAGACGACAUCUUCAACCGCAACAGCCUCAUUGAGCUGGUUAACUGCCAGAUGGUGCUGCGUGGGGCGGAGACAGAGGGCUGUGUGAUCGUGUCGGCGGCCAAGGCCCAGCUGCUGCAGUGCCAACACCACCCCGCCUGGUACGGGGACACGCUCAAGCAGAAGACCUCGUGGACCUGCCUGCUGGAUGGCAUGCAGUACUUUGCCACCACCGAGAGCAGCCCAGUGGAGCAGGAGGAUGGGCAGCUGUGGCUGGAGGUGAAGAACAUCGAGGAGCAUCGGCAGCGCAGCCUGGACUCGGUGCAGGAGCUCAUGGAGAGCGGGCAAGCCGUGGGCGGCAUGGUCAGCACCACCACAGACUGGAACCAGCCCUCGGAAGCCCAGCAGACCCAGCAGGUGCAGAGGAUCAUCUCCCGGUGCAGCUGCCGCAUGUACUACAUCAGUUACAGCCACGACAUCGACCCAGAGCUGGCCACCCAGAUCAAGCCGCCCGAGACCCCGGCCCACCUGGAGAAGGAGGACCUGCUGAAGAAGCAGGAGGGUGCUGUGGACACAUUCACACUGAUCCACCAUGACCUGGAGAUCUCCACCAACCCAGCGCAGUACGCCAUGAUCCUCGACAUUGUCAACAACCUGCUGCUGCAUGUGGAGCCCAAGCGCAAGGAGCACAGCGAGAAGAAGCAGCGGGUGCGGUUCCAGUUGGAGAUCUCCAGCAACCCCGAGGAACAGCGCAGCAGCAUCCUGCACUUGCAGGAGGCCGUGAGGCAGCAUGUGGCCCAGAUCCGCCAGCUGGAGAAGCAGAUGUAUUCCAUCAUGAAGUCUCUGCAGGAUGACAGCAAGAAUGAGAGCCUGCUUGACCUGAACCAGAAGCUGCAGCAGCAGCUGAGCCAAGAGAAGGCCACCCUGCAGCUGGAGAGCGAGGAGCUCAACAUCCUUAUCAGGUGCUUCAAGGAUUUCCAGCUGCAGCGGGCCAACAAGAUGGAGCUGCGCAAGCAACUCGAGGACGUGAGCGUGGCACGGCGCACUGAGUUUUACUUCGCCCAGGCUCGCUGGCGCCUCACCGAGGAGGACGGGCAGCUGGGCAUCGCUGAGUUGGAGCUGCAGCGCUUCCUCUACAGCAAGGUGAACAAAUCAGAUGACACUGCGGAGCAUCUCCUGGAGCUGGGCUGGGUCACCAUGAAUAAUCUCCUGCCCAACGCCGUGUACAAGGUGGUGCUGCGGCCUCAGAGUUCCUGCCAGUCCGGCCGGCAGCUGGCGCUGCGCAUCUUCAGCAAGGUGCGGCCCCCGGUCGGGGGCAUCUCCAUCAAGGAGCAUUUUGAGGUGAACGUGGUGCCUCUGACCAUCCAGCUCACCCACCAGUUCUUCCACAGGAUGAUGGGCUUCUUCUUCCCUGGGCGCAAUGUGGAGGAGGAGGAGGUGGGCGACGAGGAGGACAAGUCCAAGCUGGUGACGACAGGGAUGCCUGUGGUGAAGCCGCGGCAGCUGAUGGUGGCUGAGGACUCGCUGGGCCCAGGGAAGGGGGUCGCUCAGGGACUGAACCGGACAUCGGGGGUCAGGAGGUCGUUCCGCAAAGCACCCGAGCAUCCCGUGGACGACAUUGACAAGAUGAAGGAGCGCGCCGCCAUGAACAACUCCUUCAUCUACAUCAAGAUCCCGCAGGUGCCGCUCUGCGUCAGCUAUAAGGGCGAGAAGAACAGCGUGGACUGGGGGGAACUGAACCUGGUGCUGCCGUGCCUGGAGUACCACAACAACACCUGGACCUGGCUGGACUUCGCCAUGGCGGUGAAGCGGGACAGCCGCAAGGCCCUGGUGGCACAGGUGAUCAAGGAGAAGCUGCGCCUGAAGCCAGCGGCGGGGGCCGAGGCCCGGGGGAAGGCGGAGAGCAAGUCGGACGGGCCCGUGCCCCAGCAGGAGGAGGACGAGAAGGCGCGGCUGCUCAUCGGCCUGAGCGUGGGCGAGAAGAACCCGGGCAAGAAGUCCAUUUUCAGCAGGCGCAAGUGAGGCCGGUGCCCGGCUGGUCGGGAAGGGGCAGGAGCAGCUCUGGCCGCCUUGGGGAGAGGGGAGCGCAGCCCCUCCUCGCAGCUGGCCCGGCCCACGCCAUAAGGACUGUCUCGUCGCAGGGGCACAGUUGGGCCAUGGCAGGCUGUUGGCUGCUUGCUGGGGUGGGGACGCCGGGCCCAGGCGUCCGCUGUUUGCACGGAGCCUUGUUUUUUAUUACGGGUGUAUCCCGCACGGCUCUCGCCGGGCGCGGCAGUGUUGAUGUCUCGGCCGGAGCAACCGUCCGUGCUGCAGGAGUGUGUCCGCUCCGGCCCGGUGACUGUUGGGGAAGUGGGGACUGGUGGAGAGCAUUUAAUAAAUAAGUUUUUAAUUUGGA